AUGUCGGAAUUCCUCAUGAAAGAAGACAGGAUUCGGGAGAAGAUUACGAGACGUGAUCAUCGUUCACUCUGUGAACGAAGGUUUCAUUUGAUUGCUGCAAUCAUUAGAAGAGCGCUGCAUGUUGAUGUAGGCAAUGAAGAUAACCUCUCAGUUAUGCCUCCGACAUUCUACUCUAUGGAGAUUGUUAUUGUAAUUUGCUUUGCGACGAUGACGGAUUUCGCUACGUCAUCUAAUACUACGGCAACAAAUAGUGACUCUACCACUAUGGAGCCGACAAGCACCGCCUCUUCCACUGGUACGUCGUCGACGAGCAGCACCUCGUCGACCACAAUGUCGUCGGUAAGCACCACCUCUUCCACCGGUACGUCGUCGACGAGCACCACCUCGUCCACCAAAACAUCGCCGACAAGCACCACCUUGUCCACCGAUACGUCGUCGAUGAGCCCUACCUCGUCCACCACCACGUCGCCGAUGAGCCCUACCUCGUCCACCACCACGUCAAUGAACACUACCACGUCUACUGCCUCGUUUUCCACCGUUCUCCCGACCGUCACUACGUUGACAGACACUACCUCGUCCAUCGUCAUGUCGACAGGCCCAACCUUGCAAACCAUCUCGUUAACCAGCACGGCGUUAUUCAACACAACACAUCAGAUAUCGGUUACAACAAAAGGCUGGAAUGCAACAGCAAUCCUCGAACGCUCCGUAACAAAUUACAGAGACAAUUACGAUAAGAUUGAGCUGCCGUAUGUGCCCCCCUUAAAGAUAGAAGAAUUACUCAAUAAAUGUGUUCAUCCAAAGUUUCUGCUAAAUACAACAGUUCCUCCUCCGGUUCCAGGUUCCACCUCCAUGUUCGUGCUAAGGCGAUGCGUUAUGCUGAGGAAUGAAACCGCAGUUGUAAUUAGUAAUGUAAAGAGGCAUUUUCUUCCUUCUUCCGAAGCCAUCAAAGAAACUGUGGAGUUUUGUAAUGUCAUUAGAGUGAAUGUCUCAGGACAGAAAUGUCUUUGCACAGAACGUUGCGACUAUAAGUUUGAAGCGACGUUGGAUAGGAAGUAUUUGGAGUCAUGUGUGGCAAAAAACCCUACUCUCGGAAGAUUUUCUAGUCAUGCUAUAGGGGACGAGCAAAAUUUAGAGCCGGAGUCUUCACAUAUGCAAAUCUUUCGAAAAGUCCCGGACACAGAAUUGUGGGAUUACACGUACAUACUUUUUGGAGGUGGCGGCAAUAAAAGUGCUAAACCUUUCACAAGUGUUGGUAUAUACAAUUCGCGAAGACUACAGAAAAUUUAUGGCAUAUCGGAAUUCGCAUUGUCAACCAUUAUUGUUCUAUGGACCAUACUUUGUAUGAAGAUACUAUUUGAAUUGUUACAUGUGACGUGCGUUGUGUUAUUGAAUAUGGAGGCGGAAGAAGAACAAGAAUUGUGA